AUGUGGUACGACGUGGGUACCUGGCAGGGACUUUGUGCGACUCGAUUUCUUGUUCAAGCUCAAAGCCCAGCGAGCGAUGAGGGCAGUGCGAGUACGGACAGUGUCCUGGCCCUCGGCCUUGUCUUUGCCUUGUCUUUGCCUUGCCUCGUCUUUGCCUUGCCUUGUCUUUGCCUUGCUGUGUGGGUUCGAGUCCUGUACUCUGCAGUACGCACGAACUCAUCGGAUCGAAAUCAACCGACCGGGCUUGCAAAGAAGGCGCAGCCCGGCUCACUUGCGAGGCGGCGACAGCCGGUCCUCCUUGUUCCUGCAAUGGAACCUCAAGACGGGACACAGGAUGGUGUGCGUGAGCUCCCACAAACGGGCACAACAUGUGCGUGCCCCAUUCUCGCACUCCAUUUUCGGGCUUGGUGCUCCAUUCUCGCACUCGAUGCUGUCGACAUCUCGUCCGGCAUCGACCUAACCUCCUCCUCCUCCUCCUCCUCCUCAUUUACCCAUUCCACAAUGCCCUUUGGACGAGUGAUUGUUCCCUCUCACAUGCCCGAUGCACGACACGGCACCGACCGUUGUGCUGCUCCAGCCCAGGCGGUACGGCCGAGUAGGGAACCGUUCCGGCCUCAAAAGGCGCUAGAGUGUGGUUUCGCUCAAACUCUCCUUGGAUCGUUCUUUGCCCAACCAAGGUAA